CUCCUGGAAGAGGACUGGCGCUGGCGCGAUGCCUGUUGGUCGGAACCACAAGGGCAUCCCUCCCAAGGUGUGUGUCAUCUGCCAGCGCCCCUUCACCUGGCGCAAGAAAUGGGAGAGGUACGCUCAGCUGACAAACCAAGCCGAGGAUGCCUGCCGUGUGUGCAGCAUCUCGGCAUUGUUGUCAUGUGCAGGUGUUGGGAUGAGAUUCAGACGUGCUCUGACCGGUGUCGCAAUCAACGGAAGGCACAGCAGAGAACCGACGCCAGAGCCGCCGAUGCGCCACACGAGCACGACCACACGCAUCCACCAGAAAGCACUGCCGACAGCCCCCCAUCGGCCCCCUCCGUGGCUGCGAACGAGCAUCCUGCAGACGAUGAGCCACACGCGCUGACCGAGGGCCUCUCUGCGCUGCGGAUCACUCCCACAGACGCCGCCAGCGGAGAUCAGCAAUCGCCGCCGUCGAGUGACGCGCCGGCAGCUGAGGAGCGAUGCCGUCCGAUGCCCCACAAGGGCCGGAAGGGCGGCGCUCACGACGACAGGACGCGGGAGUGCCGUGUGUGCGGCCAAGGGAAGAAGAUUCUCUUCCGCUGCAAAUGGCGGAAGGAACAAAGGCAGUGGGACUUCGGUGAGCAGCGACACAACACAGCAGAGAGACAGGGAGGGAGGGAGGGAGAGGGUAAGGAGUGCACUCGUCAUUGUCUGUCUUUCUGUGUGUGUAUGUGUGUGUGUGCAGUGUGUCGUGUGUGUUGGCCGUCAGUGUCUGGUGCCGAGAGCUCUCGACACGCGACGCUCGGCAGCGACGGCAUGGCCCUCAUCCCAAACACACACUACCGAUACGGCGGUGCGCACACCACACAGACACACACACAGAGAUCGACCCCCCCACACACAUCUCUCUCUCUCUCUCUCUGUGUGUGUGUGUGUGCGCAGGUACCUGGAAGGCCGUGAUUGGCGAUGUUCCUCAAGACGACUGACCGGCCGGGUGGCGUCUUGGCUGCUGUCUGGGGCGAAGCCCCGGCGGCCAGUGGAUGAGUGUGUGCAGAGAGAUGUCAUGUUGAUGUGUCGAUAACUGGCGGGUCCGGGUGUGUGGAUGAAUGGACGUCCGUUGAUAUAUAUAAGACUGAGCGGCUGGCGCUGUGGUUCGUUGGUUCGAUCGCAGAGAUCGGUCGACUCUUCGAGGCCGACGUAGAGGAGGGGGGCUUUGACGCGGAGGGGACGCUCAAAGCCCCCCUUGUUGCUCAGCCUCAAAGAAGCGGGCGAUCUCAGUGAUCAUGUGAGCCAACCGUUAAGGACACAGACAGACAGACAGACAGACAGACAGAGGGGGUCGGCGGGUUCGUUUGCCGUGUCCUUAAGCCACAUGCCUUCCACGUGCGGUCUGUGAUCCUGGCGACUGGAUCAGACCGAGACGUGGGGUGGGGGUGGCUCGAGGGCAUUGCCGGCGGAAGCACCGCAGUGAUGCACUCCAGUCACCACUGUUGUUGUCUUGUUUUGUUGAUGUGAGUGCGUGUCCAUGCGGUGGGAGAGAGUCGAUUACAUCUUGACAGAAACUACCAGCAAGGCAUUUGCUGUCUC